GGCAAUCUUCAGCUCGCCUGAAGUCCGUGCAUUUUCAGGCAGACGCUUACAUUCUCAGGCAAUCGUUGCCUUGCUUCCAGGCAAUCGAUGCCUUGUGCCUACAGUAUAGACACAGUGUAGUGUGGGCAAGCGUCAGACCACAACGUGUGUGGUUUGUGUCGACGACUGCACGCCUUGAAGUCUUCAUAUUUAACAAUAUCCGCAGAUGCGGUAGAAGUGAUUCUAAUAAGUAUUUACCUUCAUCUUUUUACGCGCUUUCCAAGUCGUUCAAACGCACAACAGCAACGCGAAACAAGCGACUGCAUAUUCAUUCUAACGUAAAACCUACACUAUGGAGCUCAAGAAUAUCGCCAUACUCGGACCAGGAGGCAAUGUAGGAGGCGCCAUCAUCAAUGAACUUGCAAAGGACGGACCAAAGUUCAAUAUCACAGCAAUAACACGACCAACUUCGACAUACACUCCGGCCGAUUGCCCCAACAUCGUCCAUAAAACGACAGACUACAGCUCCCUAUCAUCACUCACCGAGGCAUUCACCGGCCAAGAUGCAAUCGUGAACUGCAUUACCGGAGGAGCCACCCAAUAUGAGCCCUCAAAACUCAUCAUCGACGCCGCCAUCGCAGCCGGCGUGAAAUUCUACUUCGCCAACGAAUUCGUGAGCUACGUCGACAGCCCGCAGUACCGGCGCAUGCCCGAAGCCUUCAUCGGGUCCAAAGUGCGCAUCCGAGCGUCGCUGAGUGAGCUCGCCGCCGCCGGGAAAAUCUCCUGGACGAGUCUGAACGGCGGGCCCUUCUUCGACAUGUGGCUGAUGAAAGGCGUCGCCGGGAUCGACAUCGCAAACCGCCGCGCGCGCAUCUACGGCACAGGCAACAACCCGCUGCUCUGGACGCCGUUGCGUGUCAUCGCGCUGGCUGCAGGGAAUAUGCUGCGGAACCCGGACGCAGUGGCUAAUCGCCCUAUUUAUAUAUGUCCCCUUGCGGAGGCCGGACUCACCCAGCGGUCUCUACUUGCGACGCUUGAGCGCAUGCUAAAUACCACGUUCACGGUUGAGCAAGUUGAUGUGGCGGAAAUCAAUAAGAACUCGAGGAUUGCGUUAGAGAAGGGGGAGCCUGGCAAGGCUAUGAAGGGGUUGGCAAUCAGCAACCAGUUUUAUGAGGAGGAUAGUGGAAACGAUUUCAGUCAUCUGAUUGAGAAUGAUGUCGUGGGUGUGGAUUUGAUGACUGUGGAGGAUGCGGUGGAUGAAGCUAUUGCAAAGUGGGGACAGGAUUGUCCAGUUGUCGAGAGCAUGUAUAACGUCAAGGCCUGUGAAGUGUGAUCCAACGGUUGUUAGACAUAUCAAUAUUUCCAUCGGCGAGACACAAGACAUUUUACUCGGACU